UCUGGACCGAAGGUUCUGCUGACGUGGGAAGGGGAGGAGAGUCUGGAGGAAGGGGAGGGGAAAGCGGCGCAGAGAUCGCAGAGACGAAGGAGGCACCCGCGGCUGCUGAGCUGCAGAGCAGGGUCUCUCCGGCUUCUGUGUCCGGGCACCGGGCGCGCCACUGGGCCAGAGGGCAGUGCAUCCUUUCGGUGCGGGCCGGCAGGGCCCCUGCGGUCGGCAAGCUGGCUCCCCGGGUGGCCACCGGGACCCCCGAGCCCAAUGGCGGGGGCGGCAGCAGAAUCGACAGCACUGUAGAGAUCACCCCCAGCCCCAACGGAGUCGGGACCCUCGGAGAUGCGGUGCCCACGGAGCAGCUGCAGGGUGAGCGCGAGCGCGAACGCGAGCGGGAGGGGGAGGGCGACGCGGGUGGCGACGGGAUGGGCAGCAGCCUGUCGCUGGCCGUGCCCCCCGGCCCCCUCAGCUUCGAGGCGCUGCUCGCCCAGGUGGGGGCGCUGGGCGGCGGCCAGCAGCUGCAGCUCGGCCUCUGCUGCCUGCCCGUGCUCUUUGUGGCGCUGGGCAUGGCCUCGGACCCCAUCUUCACGCUGGCGCCCCCGCUGCAUUGCCACUACGGGGCCUUCGUCCCCAACGCCUCUGGCUGGGAGCAGCCCCCCAACGCCAGCGGCGUCAGCGUCGCCAGCGCCGCCCUAGCAGCCAGCGCCGCCAGCCGCAUCGCCACCAGUACGGACCCCUCGUGCAGCGGCUUCGCCCCGCCGGACUUCAACCACUGCCUCAAGGACUGGGACUAUAACGGCCUCCCCGUGCUCACCACCAACGCCAUCGGCCAGUGGGAUCUGGUGUGUGACCUGGGCUGGCAGGUGAUCCUGGAGCAGAUCCUCUUCAUCUUGGGCUUUGCCUCUGGCUACCUGUUCCUGGGCUACCCGGCAGACAGGUUUGGCCGUCGUGGGAUUGUGUUGCUGACCUUGGGACUGGUGGGUCCCUGUGGAGUGGGAGGGGCUGCUGCAGGCUCUUCCACAGGUGUCAUGGCCCUCCGAUUCCUCCUGGGCUUUCUGCUUGCCGGCGUUGACCUUGGUGUCUACCUGAUGCGCCUGGAGCUGUGCGACCCAACCCAGAGGCUUCGGGUGGCCCUGGCAGGGGAGUUGGUGGGGGUAGGGGGGCACUUCCUGUUCCUGGGCCUGGCCCUUGUCUCUAAGGACUGGCGAUUUCUGCAGCGAAUGAUCACCGCUCCCUGCAUCCUCUUCCUGUUUUAUGGAUGGCCUGGUCUGUUUCUGGAGUCCGCACGGUGGCUGAUAGUGAAGCGACAGAUUGAGGAGGCCCAGUCUGUGCUGAGGAUACUGGCUGAGCGGAACCGGCCCCAUGGGCAGAUGCUGGGAGAGGAGGCCCAGGAGGCCCUGCAGGACCUGGAGAACACCUGCCCUCUCCCUGCAACAUCCUCCUUUUCCUUCGCUUCCCUCCUCAACUACCGCAACAUCUGGAAAAAUCUACUUAUCCUGGGAUUCACCAACUUUAUUGCCCACGCCAUUCGCCACUGCUACCAGCCUGUGGGAGGAGGAGGGAGCCCAUCGGACUUCUACCUGUGCUCCUUGCUGGCCAGCGGCACAGCUGCCCUGGCCUGCGUCUUCCUGGGGGUCACCGUGGACCGAUUUGGCCGCCGGGGCAUCCUGCUUCUCUCGAUGACCCUCACUGGCAUUGCGUCCCUGGUCCUGCUGGGCCUGUGGGAUUGUGAGCAUCCUCCCUUCCCCACGGUGUGGGCUCAGCAAAGGAACCCCAGCAGAGAUCUGAACGAGGCCGCCAUCACCACCUUCUCCGUCCUUGGCCUCUUCUCCUCCCAAACUGCUGGCAUCCUCAGCACCCUCCUUGCUGCUGAAGUCAUCCCUACCACUGUCCGGGGCCGAGGCCUGGGCCUGAUCAUGGCACUGGGGGCGCUUGGCGGGCUGAGUGGCCCAGCCCAGCGCCUCCACAUGGGCCAUGGAGCUUUCCUGCAGCACGUGGUGCUGGCGGCCUGUGCUCUCCUCUGCAUCCUCAGCAUCAUGCUUCUGCCGGAGACCAAACGCAAGCUUCUGCCCGAGGUGCUCCGGGAUGGGGAGCUGUGCCGCCGGCCUUCCCUGCUGCGGCAGCCACCCCCUAACCGCUGUGACCACGUUCCACUGCUUGCCACCCCCAACCCUGCCCUCUGAGCGACCUUCGAGCACCCUGGCAGGAGGCUGGCCCAUACAGAAAGGUGGCACAAGGCCCUGGCAAGGAGAGCGGGAGGACUGAAUGAGGAAGGCAGGGCUGCCCUAAAGCCUCAGAGGCACCUCACGCCAGUCACGGAGAGCUCAAGAGGGCUGCCCUCAACCCCAUCUCCUUGCUGCUUUGUGUUCACUUCCUUGGCAAGAGACAGGGGACAGGGAGGGAGCUCCACACUGUAACCACCAGGUCUGGGCUCCAUCCUAUGCCCAAAGACAUCCUCCCAGACCUCAUUCUUUCUUGCUCUAUCAUUCUGUUUCAAUAAAGACAUUUUGAAUAAAUGAGCAUACCA